UUUUAUAUAUUCUAAACUGUAACAAGAUAUAUCUCAUUUUUUCAUUUGAUAUUAGUGACAUGUUUAUUUUUACACAUAGUAUCAUCCUCACGUCAUUGUGUGCUAGAAAUGCCUAAGCCAGAUAAUAGAGACUUUGAUGAGAGAUACACAGCUUGCUUUGUGGACUUCGGCCUUAAAAUAGCAACUGGUCUUCUUAUUGGCAGUAUGUUGGGAGGGUUCUUUCUACGUGGUUAUAGAAGAUGGCCUAUGUUCAUAGGUGGUGGAUUGGGAUUUGGAAUGGCUUACAGUAAUUGUGAAAACAGUCUAAACAACUAUUUGCUUGCUAUGGAUCCUAAGACUUGUGUCAUAAAAAAGCAACCGUGACUCAAGUUACGCGCUUAUCAAAUUCCCGUGCAGUUGAAAUUGUAAAUUAAAAAAUUUACAUUUGUAUAUAUAAAUUAAUAAUUAUAAUUCUAAAUUGAAA